CAGAACUCGUAAAAUGCAAAUCUCUGGCCGUCAGCGUCAAGUGAGCAAUGCCGAUAGAUACUACAGCGUUGGCUCACAGUAUUUGGUAACAGCAGAUCAGAACUCGUGAAAUGCAAAUGUCAGCCUGUCAUCGAGCUGACAAACAGAGAAGCGAUUCGAGCCAAGCUAGAGCCGAACCACUUGGGAUUUGCUUCAUCUCCUAUUUCAUUUUCACCACAAGACAAAGCUGAACAACGGAGAGAGGGAAGGAUGAAUUCGCGAGAGAAGGACCAGUCGACGGCAACGACGACACAUCGGCCUUACUUGAGUAGCCUCGUUGUACGACCUACUGAAAGCGACGGAGAUAGCGAUUAUGAGCCUGAAGAAGUCCGUCGAGAUCCACCUUAUUCUCGUUCUGAUCGAUUUCAUGAAAACUCAGGAUAUGGCAUGCAUGCAGAUUCCAGCUCUCCUAUGCGCUAUAGAAAGAUGGAUCGUCAUUACUACUAUGAUUUUGAUCAUUCGGGAGGCUCACGAGGUCGUGGAUUUAGGGGUGGGAGGGGUCCUGGUAGAUUUCGAGAUUCUUCACCUUCAUAUGGCCAUGGAAUAGGAAGUGGCGGAGGUAGAUCAUCAGGGAGAGGUUUUGAUGGGCCUGGAUAUGGUCCUGGGCCGUUCAGAGGUGAAAGCGCUAUCAGAAAUAAUCCAAAUGUGUCUCCCAGAGAAGGAGAUUGGAUUUGUCCAGAGCCCUCAUGCGGAAACCUGAACUUUGCACGACGGGAAUAUUGUAACAACUGCAACAGGCUUCGUUUUGGACCAGGUGAUAGUCCUCGAAGGAGCUAUCCAGGCCCACCGCCACUGAAUGCUCCUCUACCACGCUUUUCUGGUCCACCAAUGGAUCGCUCUCCUGGAAGAGGCAUGAGUGGCUAUAGGUCUCCACCUCGCAGCUGGGGGAGAGAUGGCCCUCGGAUGUUUGGAGCCGGCCCACCCUACGCCGAGCAUGAAGGGAGGUUUCCAGAUCGCAGCAUGUUGAGAGAGAGACCGUAUUAUCGCGAAGAGGAAGACUACAGGAGAAUAAACAGGUUUGAUAGGCCAGUGCCUCCUGACUGGCUUGAUGACAGAGACCGUGGGAGGGACUCCUUUCAUAACAGGGGAGGAUACGGUGAGAGGAAUGAGCGGCGCCCACCAUCUCCGCCACUGCCACCGCCCGCAGCUCCUUAUCAUGGCCGGUGGAGAAGUGAUUUGAGGGACAGAAGCAGAUCCCCGAUGAGGGGUCCCCAACCGCCCAAGGAUUAUCGCCGAGAUGGUUACGUGCAUAGGGGGCAAGAUGAUCGGUGCAGUACGUUGAGAGAGCGGCUGGGUGAUGCAUACUAGUUCAGCACAGCAAUCAAGCGGAUGACUCUAGAUUGGAAGGUGAGGAAUAGUUUUGAUCAACAAUCACUCAGUCUAUCUUCAGUCAGUGCCCUGUAGUCUUCACAGCCUCUCUGCUUUUUGAGUGGAACAUGAUUCUUCUUUAAUUCAAUGGUUGAGGAUUAACUGCAA